UAUUUAUGCCGUCAUUAAGCGAAAUAACAAAUCUCUGUAAUAUCAGGAGUGGAAGAAGUUGAGGUAUUUGUUUUUCGAAGCUGAUGAAGAACAAGUUGCUGUCCGUUGUUUUGAUUCUCGCUCUAGCAUACUGCGCUGUUGAUUGUCAACAGAACGAUGUCGUAGAAUGGCAGAUUCUCACAAAGCUAAACUUCUCUUCUCAGAUCCGACUUCAUCCUCACAUCCUCCUCUUAGUCACUGUUCCAUGGUCUGGCGAGUGUCGAUCUCUUAUGAAAGAAGUUGAAAAUUUGGUCAAUUAUCGGAAAAAUGAGUUCGGUUUGCUCAAGUUGAUGAUUUUGUAUCGGAACAACGAGAAGAUGCUGGCAGAUGCUAUUGGUGCUACAGAGAGCAUAACGGUCUUAUACUAUCACCAUUCUGUAUCUUACAAGUACCGAGGAAUAUAUCGAGCGCAGAGUGUUUUAUCCUCUAUUUAUCCGUAUAUGUCGAUUUUGCCUGAAGAACUUCCGCUCAAGUCUCUCCAUUCUCCGGAGGACUUGAAAGAGUUUCUUGAAUCCACGGACAAAGCUUUAAUUCUGUUUGAAUUUUGUGGAUGGACUCCUAAAUUGCUGGCUAGAAAGAGUUUUAACGGUACUGAAAGUACCUUCACAUUUCAAGGGGAUCAUUUUGGAAGAAGCAUUGGUCUUGAUACAGAAGGAACACAAAUAUCAAGAGGAAAUGAUAACGAGAAGGACACAGAAAAUGGGAAGCUGAAGUGCAGUUUCAGUAAUGGGUUUAAUGGAAUCCCUUGGCUCAGUGAAUUCAGUUUAGUGAAUGAAAGUGAUCCUUUCAAGGACACUGAGAAUAUGGUGUCUGGUGAUCAACUAUCCUGUAACUAUACAGAAUCUCAGCAGUUUGAUUCAUUUUUCUCAAAAUUUAUGACUCUUGCGAGAGAAUUCUUCCUGCCUCCUGAAAAGCAUAGAUUUGGCCUUGUUUCAGACAGGUCUUUACUAAAAUAUCUUGACAUUGGAGAUUCUGAUUCAUGGUUUGUAAAACUUUACUUAGCUGGUUGCCCCAGUUGUUCCAAGGUUUUCAAAGAGGAGAAUGACCUUAAGAGUAUUCCACUGGUGAAUAAUGAAAUUGUUGCAGAGUUAGAUAGCGAUGGGCAGGAUCUCGAAAUUGUUUUACCUGCAAAUAAGCCAUCAAUUCUUCUUUUUGUGGAUAGAUUAUCCGACUCCUCAGAAACUAGAAGAAAGAGUAAGGAAGCUCUACAUACUUUUAGAGAACUGGCUUUACACUAUCUGAUUCCAUAUCAAACUGGUUGGCAGAAACAGCCUGGGGGACCUGCUGUCCGGUCUAAUCAAGCUUUGGGUAGUACAUCUGGACCUCCUGCAUUAAAGCUAUCUCCAAAAGUUCAGAAGAUUAAUUUAAAGGAUAAGAUGUCCAUCAUGGUUAUAGAUGAGGGUAAACCUGUCACUUUAGAUAACAUAGCUCCAGAUUUGCAAGGGAAUUCCUUGCAUGAGAUCUUGGAGUACCUUCUUCAGAAAAAGCAGCAAGCAAAAUUGAGCUCACUUGCAAAAGAGGCAGGCUUCCAUCUUUUAUCUAAUGAUUUUGACAAUAAAGUAGCAGAUGCAUUACCAUCAUCGACAGCAGCCUCAGGGGAAGUUGUUGGUACAGUUAUUGAUGAUACAGACAAAGAUCAGUUACCACAAGGCACAAGCAUAUCUGCUGUGCAAGGUGAAGAAAAUUCUAAAGCCACUGUUGUAGAUGAUGAAGGAAAAACAACUUCUUUUGAUACCAAAGAACAGUUGAUAUCUGAAGGACCUGACCAAAGUUUUCCAGAUUAUUAUUUGACUAGUGAUGAAGAGGUCAAGCUUGAAGUAAAAAGCUCUUCACAACUACACAAGUUGGGGGAAUCACCUUACUUUCAAAUAUUUAGGGGUUCCUUUUUCUUUUGUGAUGGUAACUAUCGAUUUCUUAGAGCUUUAACUGGUGGGUCAACUAUUCCAUCAUCAGUAAUAAUUGAUCCAGCAUCACAGCAACACUAUGUCUUCCCCAAAGACACAAGUUUCAGCAAUUCUUCACUGGCUGGUUUUCUUCAUGGAUUUCUCAAUGGAAGUCUUCUACCAUAUAGGCGCUCUGAGUCUAUUAUUCAAAGCUCGAGGGAGGCCACUCAACCACCAUUUGUCAAUACGGAUUUUCAUGAAGUGGACUCUAUUCCUCGAGUUACAACCCAUAUGUUCUCUGAAUUGGUUCUUGGUUUAAAUCAAUCUGAGAAUGAAAAUGCUUCCCAUGCCUACAAUGAGGAUGUCUUGGUCCUUUUUAGUGGUGGAUGGUGCGGGUUUUGCCAGAGAAUGGAACUGGUUGUUCGUGAAGUUUACCGAGCAAUAAUGGGCUACAUCAAAAUGUUGAAGAAUGGAUAUAGAAAUGGGCAAACAGAUUUUAGUGGUGAUAACUUGAAGAAUGUGAUGUUUAGGAUCCCACGGAUCUACUUGAUGGAUUGCACAUUGAAUGAUUGCGGUUCAAUUUUAAAGUCAAUAGCUCAGAGGGAAGUUUAUCCUGCUCUGAUGUUAUUUCCUGCAGAAAGGAAAGAUGCUAUUUCUUACGAUGGAGAUAUAGCUGUGGCCGACAUUAUCAAGUUUAUUGCUGAUCAUGGAAAUAAUUCUCAGCAUCUUAUCAGUGACAAGGGAAUUCUAUGGACUGUAGCUGAAAAAGAGGGCAGGUGUCAAAAUUUAUUUGAGGGUUCAUCACCAACUACCACUGGACAUGAGGAAGCUCCUCCCUUGAAGGAAAGUUUACAUGAAGUCAUAUUAAAGAGUGAAAAACCAAGAACCAAAAAAAGUAAUCAGAUCAAAUCUCAUGCGUCAAAAGGCUUGCAUGGAAUGACGCAUAAUGUGACAGUUGGUUCUAUUCUAAUAGCUACUGAUAUGCUUCUCAAUGCACAACCAUUUGAUAAUUCAAAAAUUCUUGUUGUGAAGGCAAGUAAAGCGACAGGAUUUGAAGGUCUAAUUGUCAACAAGCAGAUCAGAUGGGAGUCUCUACAAAAACUUGAGGAAGGGCUAGAGUUUCUAAAAGCAGCUCCUCUGUCUUUUGGGGGACCAGUUGUUAAACAAGGAUUGCCUUUCGUUAGUUUAACUCGAAAAGUUAAUAAAAAUCAAUACCCAGAAGUGCUUCCAGGUGCAUACUUUCUUGAUCAAUCAGCCACCGUUAACUUGUUUGAAGAAUUGAAGUCGGGCAAUGACUCUGUUUUCAAUUAUUGGUUUUUCUUGGGGUAUUCGAGCUGGGGUUGGAACCAACUAUUUGAUGAGAUUGCUGCAGGAGCUUGGACUACUGCUGGUGAUGAUAGUUCAGGACAUAUAGAUUGGCCAUUAAUUUAGUAGUUUGAUCUCUUUCUCGUACCUGGUAUUUCACGACGGAGUUUUGAGGUUCCUUAAAGAGGAACUUGGAGGUUACGGUUAUAAUCAACGACUUCUGAUUUUAUUUCCAACUUCCUGCUCACCAUACUUGUAGAUAUGAAAUUUUGUGCUUCGUUUGGGCUUUGGUUGAUUUCCCGUUACAUUAAACAUCUUUGUCUUUUUUUUUUUUUUUAAACAUAAAACAUCUCAUAGAAUUUACGUGGCAUUUAUUUCAUAGAAUGCGUGGGAAUAAUAUCGUGGAUGGGUAUGAAGA